AUGUCUGUCAACGUCCCCACCGAUCCGAAGCAGAAGGAGAAGGAUAUCAACACGAAGCUCCAAUUGUUUGGUAUCUAUCAUGCCUUCAAGAAUAGCAAGCUCCCAUCCAACAAGCAAUGCGACAUCGCCUUGAACAGUGCCUUGAACUCCAAGGCCCUUUCCUCUCCCCCGAAGGAGCUCUCCGCCGACGGAAAGACCCUCGUGGCCGACCUGCGCAAUGUUAUUGAACAGGCCAAGAAGAUGCUCUUGGUGAAGAACGAGGGUGAAUUGAUUCAGGAUUUCAUCUGGCAAGCGCAGAAGAUCACCACUGGCGAUUCUCAGAAGCCCAACCUCCCCAUAGACAAGGAAUCCGGCCAGCAGGAUGCGAACAGGGCUGCCGAGGGUCUGAAGACCCUGGGUACACUCAUGAUCACCAACGGAGAGUUCCGGAAGCUUUUGAAUGAUGCCGUAAUCUUGCUCAAGGAUAUUGGCGCCGAUGCUUCGCAAAAGGCCGCCAACAAGGUCCGUCCUUCGGAGGAGGAGCUUUCCCAGGUCGAUCAGGCCGCCGAGGAGAACGUGUGGCACGAGAAACCCAACAUUUCCAAGGAGGAUAUAAAGUCCAAACUCAAGAAGAACAAGGGCGAUAAGGAAAGCGUUGCCUCUGAUUCCGUUGCUGAGAAUGAUCCCGCUGUGCCAGCCAAGAACAAGACCAAGGAGGUCGCUGAUAAGACCAAGAACUACCUUUCCGACAAGAUUCCCAAGGAGCGCCGCGAGCAGACCAUCUGGCGUUUGAAGAAGAUGAUCAUCGAGAUCCAGGGCCACGCUGAUUACCAGCGGGCCGUUGAGACUCUACUGGACAUGGCCGAGAAAUACGCUGGUCACACCAAGGACGUUUCCCAGCAGGGCGGCAGUGCUACCCGUGACGUCCUUAAGAAUGACAGCGUCCAGGCUGUUCAGUACAACUUGCGCACCCUUGUCGAGCGCUUUGCCAACAACACUUCCCUCGAUAGCUUCUUCAACUCGUUGAACACCGUUUACCACGAUGCCGAGAAGGACCCCGAGCUCAAGAACUGGUUUAAGAACAUUGACAACCUUAUUCGCAAAUCUCUGCGUGAGCAGGGCUUCAUCAUGGAGGAUGAGUGCAACCGCCAGUGGAACGACCUUUACGACAAGGGCCGCUACUUGCUGCGUGAGCGCUACCGCGGCCACACCGAUAUCAUUGUCGAUGAGACCAAGUUCUUGGCCGAGCAGUUCGAGAAGGACCCUCAGAACCAGGCCCUUGCCGAGUCCUUCCAGAAGCUGUUCAAGGAUCUUGGACGUGACACAGACGGAAAGGUCACCUUCAAGAAGGAUCUUGUUCGUGACCUCCGCGAUAUCAUUGUUCCCGGUAUCUUCGAGAACGUCCGCUACGUUCCCGUUCCCCGCAUCGAGGUCUCUGACCCCAUGGUCGACGUCGUGGUCGAGAACCUGUGCAUUGAGAGUGACAACCUGUUGCCCAAUGUUGUCGAGUUUGGAAGCGACAACUACUUCCGCUGGGGCCGCAAGAAGAUCAGCAACAAGCGCGACAACAAGAUCAUGAUCUCCAUGUCUGGGCUUCCCUCCAUCACCGACCGCGGAAUUAUGGACAUCUUCCUUGGUGGUGAAGGCCUCAGCGUCAAAAUCGCCGCCUCUACCGCCCAGAAGAACGACAAGGAGUCCUUUGUCAAGCUGGACAAGGUCAACGUGUCUAUCAAGCACAUGAACAUCAAGCUGAAGAAGUCCAGCCACAAGAUCCUUUUCAACACCUUUAAGCCCAUGCUGUUCCGUGUCGUUCGCCCUGCCCUGCAAAAGGUCGUCGAAGGCCAGAUCCGCGAGGCAUUCAAGAAGGGAGAUGGCUUCGCCAAGGAGAUCCAUACCGAAGCCAAGCGUGCCCAGGAAGCUGCCCGCGAGGACCCCGAGAACGCCCCUACAAUCUUCGCCCGCUACAGCGAUGCUAUUCGUGCCCGUGCUCAGGCCAAGGCCAAGAAGGCUGAGGAUGUCGCCAAGCGUGACACCAAGGUCCAGACCGUUAUGACCCUCCACGAUUCCAUCUUCCCUAAGAUCGAGCUUCCCGGAGGCAUCUCUAGCAAGGCCACCGAGUACGCCGAGCUGGCCGCCAAGGGUGAGCGCUGGGAGUCGCCCAUCUUCAGCAUCGGCGAUGCCUCCGAGUCGACCGACAUCCCCUCCGCCGGCCCCAUCACCAACAAGCCCCACGGCGCCAGCACCACCGGCGCGGGAGCUACUGGCGUUGCCGCCGCCGCAGGAACCUCUGGCGCCGCCACCGCCGCUGCCACUAAUGGUACCAACACCGGAAAGGUCGACGGAUACCCAUCCCGUGGCUUCUCCGACGAAGUCGACCAAGCAUUCGUCAACGGCAAGACCCAGAACAUCCCUGACGGUGCCAAGCCCGCCACCAAUGGUGCUACUGCUGCCAACGGCGUCACUGCCACCAACGGAACUACCGCCACUGCCCACUAA